AUGAACUCUCCGCAAAUGUACGACACGGCGCCGCAGCCGCACGCCCAUCAGGCGCAACACCACCAGAUCAGCCAACAGGAACUGGCGAUGGCCGCCAAGAAAGCGCAGCUCGGGCAGCUCAAAAACAGGUAUGACAUAUCGGAACUGUCUACGCCCGAGAUAUCGCUCGACCUGCAGAAUCUCAUCGACGACAGCCAGUUCAGCGAAGGGCUGUUCACGGAGAUCCUGCAGCAGGGCCAGGUCAAGUUGCCCAACGGCACUGGCGGGGGUGGAGGCCGAAACGGCGUCAAUCAGAACGGUUUCAACUCGCGCACCACUCUCGCGUACAUGCCGCAGCCCGUGCACUACGAGAGCACGCCGGCCUCCACUGGCGGUCCCAUCAAGGAAGAACCGCCGGAGUCCGUCGAGUUCCGGAACCAGCAGCAACAGCAACAGCAGCAGCAACAGCAGCAGCAGCAGUACCUUAGCAACGGCCAGGGGGGCGCGUUCCAGACGUCGCCGGUGUCCAGCAACGGCAGUAGCUCGCAUCUCAAGGCCCAUCACCACAACCACCACCGGAAGUCGAGUUCCGGCAGCAACAAGUCCGUGGACAAGAACACGGACGAGUACAAGAGGAGGCGCGAACGGAACAACAUAGCUGUCCGCAAGAGCCGGGAAAAGGCGAAGAUCCGCAGCCGCGAGACCGAGGAGAAGGUCAAGCUGUUGGUCAAAGAGAACGAGCGGCUGCAGAAAAGGAUAGAGCUGCUCAGCGAGGAACUCAACGUGCUCAGGUCGCUAUUCACCAACGUGGGCGUCCUGCCCGAGCACCUUCACCGGGAGCUCAACAAACAUUUUGAUGCCUAUCCACACUUGCAGUGA